CCCGCUUUUAUAUUUUAUUGGUAUUAUGUUUUUCCCACCAAUCCAUCAAAUCACACCACCAGAUCUCUCUCUCACCCUAAAAUCAAUCCCCCAAAAUUUCACCCCCUCCCGCCUCUUUUCAUUUUCUUCCGAUUCCCUCCAAUUUCUCGAUCCACCAUGUCGGGUUACCCGCCGCCUCCACCGUUUACCUCCGUUAAGCCGCCGUUCUCAGCUUCACUCGAUUAUCACACCUUCGCUCCCGAUGUCCGCCAACAACCCCCCGAGGGCAUUACCGUCAAGCCCUCCCUAAAGCGGAAGAGUGAUGCAGUAGUUUAUGAUGAGCCUACUGAUAGGACAGCAGCUUCUGAGCACAUUGAAUUUGUUAAUAGCCCUCUUCAAACUCCUGCUCCAGUCAAGGUGGGAAAGGCAACCAAAGCAUCUAGGGCUUCAAAGCUCAAUAAAUCUGGACCGCAGACGCCUGCUUCCAACGUGGGUUCUCCUUCUGGCGGUAAUCUUACUCCUGCUGGUCCUUGUCGUUAUGACAGCUCAUUAGGUCUCUUAACGAAGAAAUUUAUCAAUCUGAUCAAACAUGCGGAAGAUGGUAUUCUGGAUCUCAAUAAAGCUGCUGAUACUUUAGAGGUACAAAAGAGACGGAUAUACGAUAUAACAAAUGUUCUUGAAGGAAUUGGCCUCAUAGAAAAGAAGCUGAAAAACAGAAUUCAGUGGAAGGGACUUGAGGCCACGAGGACAGGAGACUCAGAUGAAAACUAUGAUGGUUUGAAGGCACAAGUUGAAAACCUAUCUACGGAGGAAGGCAGAUUAGAUGAGCAAAUAAGAGAAAUGCAGGAAAAAUUGAGCAAUCUCAGUGAAGAGGAAAGCAAUAAGAAAUGGCUUUUUGUCACCGAAGAAGACAUCAAGGGCUUACCCUGCUUUCAGAAUGAAACCUUAAUAGCAAUUAAAGCUCCCCAUGGCACCACUCUUGAAGUCCCAGAUCCUGAUGAGGCUGUUGACUAUCCCCAAAGGAGAUACAGGAUGGUCCUGCGAAGCAUGAUGGGUCCAAUAGAUGUUUACCUUGUCAGUCAAUUUGAGGAGAAGUUCGAGGAGAUUAAUGCUGCUGAAGAGCCUAGAAAUAUCCCGUCAACUUCAGGAUUAAAUGAAAACCCAGCUCCAAUAAUGGUCACUGAGGAGAGGGGGAAAGCUGUUGAAAUACAGGGACAAGAAGAUUAUAGAGUUUCGGCUGAUCCCACUGCUCCUCAGGACUUCAUGAGUGGGAUCAUGAAGAUUGUUCCCUCAGAUGUUAAUAGUGAUGCAGAUUACUGGCUUUUAUCGGAUGAUGCUACUGUUAGCAUCACAGACAUAUGGAGAACAGAAACUGGAGUUGAAUGGGAUGAGUUUGGUGCACUUACUGAAGAUUAUACCAUGGGUAAUGUCACACCGCGUGCCCAAACCCUGCCAUCGAGUGCAACAGAAGUACCUUCUACAGCCAAUCCUACUAGGAGUUAAAAGCUAGAAAUGAAAUAAUUCAUAAUGGAUCUAAUUGAAGAUGCGCAGACUGGUUUCCAGAAAACCUGUGGUGUACAACUAUCCCAUUACCACAAGGUUGGAUGAAAAGGUUCUGAGAGAUGAUGAAAUCUUGCCUGAAGAUCCAUGUGCAGUAAUAGGAAGGUAGAUGGUGGUGGCUAGUUGGUUGUACAGUAAUGUAUUAUAAACUAUACCUGAUUAACGUGCUUUAGUAGUAAGGUUUAAGGCGUUCAUCCACCCCUGUAUAUCAGUAUGUUGUAUCGUAAGUAGUAAAGUAGGCAAAUGACAAGCAAGUCUGGAUAUUGUUCUAUAGAGAACUUCCUGUACCAGUAGUGUGAGGAUCCUAAAGUUGGAAAAGGAUGUUUUCCAACUUGCCCCAUUAUGCCUUCCAUUACUUUGUAGCUGUUUUCUUCGUGGUGGUUGCUGUUGAAAGGUUUAUAGCCUCGGUCUUUGCAAGGUUGGGUCAUGUAAAGAUGUAAAUAUACUGACGUAGGCUGCGUUCUUCAAUCAAUUCUCAGUAACUGUUGACAUUC